UACCUGGAUCCCAAAGUUCUCCAAGGAAGUUCAAAUGGAGAUAAAGGAAAUUUUCAACUUGGCACGGGUGCCCUCCAUCCUUAUGCUCGGAGUGGUUUAUGUGGCCUAUGUGCUGAUUGGCGGGGUGGUUUUCUGGAAGCUGGAGGGAGAUCUCGGAAAGAAGGACAUCAGUCUUUUACUGCUGAACAAAAAGAGUCUGCUCACAACGUAUACCUGUCUGAACCAAGAGGGCCUGGAGGCAGUUGCUCAGGUUGUUCAAGAUGCGUCUAAGGUGGGCCUGAGUUUGAAAGGAAACUUCACCACGGAUGGCUUCUGGAAAUUCACCAGCUCGGCUGUGUUUGCUGCCACUGUGGUCACAACUAUAGGUUAUGGGAACAUGAGUCCCAGCUCUACUGCUGGCCAGAUCUUCUGUGUGUUCUUCGCACUAUUUGGCAUCCCGCUCAACAUGGUGGUACUCAACAGGGUGGGCAAGUACAUGCUCGUUAUUGAGAGGAAUAUCUCUGACUUCCUGGAGGGGAAGACUGGACGAAAGACGUGUACCCGCUUUUCUGUCCACCUGGUAUCUUACCUGUCUGGAGCAGUUCUCUUCUUUGUUGUGCCCAUGAUUGUGUUCCAAAUGCAUGAGGGCUGGACUUACUCCCAGGCCAUCUACUACUGCUUCAUCACCCUCAGCACCAUCGGCUUUGGAGACUUUGUGGCAGAUAGUAAUCCAGACAAUGUAUACCCAGAUUGGUACAGCGUCCUUAUGGCCUCAUGGAUCUUCUUCGGCCUGGCCUGGCUGGCCUUACUUAUUAAUCACUCCAUUGACAUCCUGGAGCGGCUCAACACCCACUUCAAACAACGGUGGGGCGCACAGGCGCAGGACAAAGAACCUGACAGUGCAGAGGGUGACAACCCGGACACACAGGUGGAGGAGGAAGAUGAGCUCAAGAAGACUCCAGUAACUCAGUAAUGUCAAAAGUGAGAUGGAGGCUUAAGUGAGUUGACCUAGUUGUAGAAUCACCUGUCUUUAGAUCAGAAUGAGGAUCAGAGGUAUAUAUCAUGAAUCUGGCUGAUCCAUGGCAGGAUGCAUGGAGAUACUGAGUGUGUUGAAUAUGUGAUUGAGUAAAUGUUUGUUGAUUUUGAUUCCUCUCUCCCCAACUGCCGCUAAAAUAGAGGGUAGCAGGGAAGAAUUGCCCUGGUUCCCUCAACCAAAUCUCCUGUUCACAUGGGACAUUAUUUUCUUUUCACAUUCUUUUAGUCUAUGUGAAUUUUUCAUUGUAACUGAGAUUAUUGCAGAAAUUAAGCUCUGUGGCAAACACAAGUUUAUGAAACACAUUUUGUUCAGCAAGAUAAUAAUCUCUUUAUUAUAUUCUACAGCUAAACACCACUUUUAGGAUUUUGUAAGUGCCAGAAGUAAAAAGCUGACAUUAGGCUAUACACUAUACUAUACAUAUAUGUUAAACUAGAAUUAGAAUAGUUUACAACAUAGGUCUGCAUAAAGACAGAGCAGCAAGUAGAUGAGUUGUGCGUAAUGGCGUUUAAUGUCCCUGAUGACCUCUGUAGUCUCAUUUAGCCACUUGUUAGCAACCACAUUUCUGACACUUCUUUUUGGUUCAGACGUGGGGUAUCUAUUGAGGUUUUUUACGUUGUCAAGCAAAAGGUGAUAAUAGAUAAGGCUUGUGUUAGUUGCAGACCUUUUUCAUUUAGAAUCUGCUGACUUUGUGACAAGAGAAACGGAAAUGCAAAAACACUAACUUCAUGCCGGUUUUAUGAUUCAUCCCUGCCGCACUCUGAUAUUGACUCAUUUUGCUGAGUUAGGUUUGUUUGUUUGAAAGCAGACAACACCCUCAUAGUGUUUAGGAUGUUAGCACAGCGAGUCCCAAACUGUAAACAAAUAACUCCUCACUGACAUACUUGUUCAACGACCUGGGUAAAUAAAGUCCUCAGAGAUUAAAGUCUAGGAUAUUGGGUUGACACUUACUUCGCCCCACAUACCUGUCUGAUGGUUAGUGGUCAGUGGAAAACUACAGUCAAUCUGUCUCUUGCUCUUUGGCCUCUCAAUGUGUUGGUCGCCCCACUGACCACAAUCCAAGUCAUUUGCCAACUCAGUGGCAUUAUGCAACUGGCUGAGUGCCAGAGAGGCCCCAGGCACACGAUGAAUGACAGAUACAGUCAAUAAAUUAAGAAUAUAUACAUGUAAAUAAUGGGAUUUUUACCAUAACAUGAUAUUUACCAUUUCCGUCACAAUAAUCACCCAAGGUUUAUUAUAUAUUUUGUUGAGUUGUGUACUGACAUGAAAAUAAUUAUUUCCAAUAAUGAGCAAACUCAGAGACACCAGUUUACCCAGAGUUACAGUGCGUAUAAUUUGUGUGCCUGUCACUAUAACGUUGGGAUAGAGUCAGCGAGUGAGUGGUCCCUGACCAUUUUGAGUCAGCCGGAGCUAGGCAGAUGGACUUCCAUCAGCAGUGGUGGUUGUUUAAAUGAAGACAACAACAAGCACUAAUGACGCACUGUGUGUUUAAAUUACAUGAUUUAUUGCUGUCAUCAAAGGCAAAUAAACAUCUCCUUUGGUUUACCAUGACUUACUGAAAAUGUACAUUCAAAAACAUAAGAAUCACAUUUACUUAUGAACGUAUAUGAAGGGUAUUUAUUUAAUAAUUAUUUGUAUAGGGACAGCAUCUAAACAAAAGUGCAACAAAAGAAAGAUCACAGGACAUAUUUCCCUGUUAGCUUUUUUUUAUUUAUUUUAUUAUGUUGGAUAUUAAAACACUGCAGUCUUAAAUGUCUCCAGUAUAUUUUUAGUCAUAUUGUUAUUUAUAAUAUUGUUGGUUCAAUUGUGAAUUGUUUGUUUAAUAGAGCAUUUAGUAAGGCAUAGCUCACUUAUUUCUGUUGAAGCAGCUUUGUGUCCACAAGGUGGUGCCCCUAUCCCAACACUGACCAGAGGCAUGCAGUAGCGCUCGCCUGCUUCCCUCUGGCAUACUGUACAGUCUAUUGUUCUGUGCAGAGCUGUAAUCAUAUACACUAACCAUACUGAGCACAUCCUCACAGUCACUGUACUCCUACACUUCAGAGUAGAAUCUCAUGUGUCUGUCAAAAAGGAUAAAACCCAAACGCACUUUUUGAAGCAUUUUCCAUUAAAUGUAAUUUCUUCACUUUUUUGCCGAUUUGAAUAAAUGUGUACAGUCAUGAUCUCAUUACAAGUUUGGGUUUUUGCUGCAUAGCACAUGCUAAGUUAGAAGCAGUGAUGGACAGUAAGUACAUUUACUCAUGUACAGCGCAGAAGUAUAUUUUAAAGGUGCUUCUACUUUACCUUUUUAUGCUAUUUUAUAUUUCUAUUCCACAUUUCAGAGGGAAAUGCUGUACUGUGCUGUAUUCCUCUUAUGUAUCUAGGUGAUUAAAUUGAUUAUUCAUGUAACUUUUGUUAAUAGUUACUUUGUAGAUUCAAAUGAAUCAUAUUAAAUAAUAUAUUGGAUUGCACAAAAUAUAUAAUGAAUAUAGCCGCAAGCGGCAAACCGCAGGUUCUAACCCUCUUUCGCCCCAAACCAGCCACCCUGACCCUCAUCCCCCGCAGCUGAUGACCUUGGCCGCCGUGUUCCUCAAAGAUCUGUGCAACACAUAACCAUGAUAAGCCCCAGAUUUCUCCAAAUUGGUUUUUCAGCUGCAUGCUAAUGUAAUUUAUAGCGCCCCCUAUAGGUUGAGCUCAACAUGCUUUGGUAGGCAGAUUCCCAGUCCUGUUGUGAACCUACCCACCAGGUUUUGUGAUGAUAGGACAGAGGGUGUGGGAGUUAUGGCCAAUCAUUUCUAAGCCACGCCCACUGCAAAAAUACAUUGGUCCCUGGCAGCCAUGUUUUUGACCAAUCUGGCUCAUUUAUAGUAGAAAUUUGUCUUUUCAUCCCUCAAAGCUGUAUAGUGUAUCUGGUGUUGAUACAGUCAGUCUUUCAAAAGUUCUAUUCAUUUUACUGUUUUUCACAUUAUGCUAAUUAGUAAAACAUAUAAGUAGGCAGAGCUUUAUGGUCCAAAAGGCUUUUUUGUGGAGCACAUGGAGCUGGACUUGUAUGUCAAAUUUCAAGCCAAUCAGACUUACGGUGUGAGGGGCGUGGCCUUCCCAAAAACACAUUUUCAAGCCUUAAUUACAGCGCCACCAUGUGGCUGACUGGGCUCAUAUUUUAAUAAAAGUUGAUGCACAUCAUUUCCAAUCAUUGGGCCAAGUUUCAAGUUUCUGGCCCAUUCCA